CCGUGAACUUUGAAGGCUGUCAAUCCUUUACUGUACUCUAACUAGCGGUUCAUCGGCCCCAGGGACCAACCCCCAAUCCCAAUCCCAAUCCCAAUCCUAAUCUGAAUUGAACCCCAGGGAUGCUGUACUGUAUAUUCGUCGAUUAAACAAGGAAAGGUCCAUUUGAUCCACCGUUAAACCCGUUCGUCGCAUAUUUCCUACUUACUCGGCGUCAUGUCCGUCGCCAGCUAAGGUAAAUACCCAAGGUACGUACUGUACAUACUUCCAUGCCAUGAGGUCGGGGCACCUCCACUUUCAAGCUUCCCCAUCCCGCAUUCCGCAAUCAUCACGACCUACCAUCUUCCACUACCACUACACACAGCAUCCAAGACAUACCAAAUCUAGGUGCUCAAUUCAGACCACAGACUACCUAAUACUACCUCUUUCCACUUCUCCCCGUGGUCGCGUCUUUCUGCGCCUUCCCGUCGCUUGUGCUACCUGUCUUGCCGUUACUUGCGCAUGCUUCAGUAAGCUAAGUUGGUACUUAGCUAGGUAUUCAAGUCAUGGCUAAGAAGGCACGCCAGAGAAUCAGUUAUGUCCUCGAAAAUGCCAAAUCAUCUGAAGGCGGCCAUCGUCUAGGUGUCAAUGGCCUUGCCGUCGACAACGACAAUGCGAUUCUAUACUCAGGUGGCCGAGAUGGCAUAGUAUGCGCUUGGGACCUGAACCUCGACCUCAAAGGCCGCAGCGAUAUUACCGACCCGACGCCUGCCAAUUCCGAAGACAAGAAGCCGAAGCACACGACCAAGUUUCGCGCUCAGACUCACGCUCAUAUGCACUGGAUCAACGACAUUGCCCUCGCUCAAAACAAUACUGCCCUCGUAUCUGGCUCAUCUGACCUUACAGUCAAGGUUUGGCGACCGUAUUCUGAUGAGGACAAAAACCGCACCGAGACGAUAGGCGAACAUGCUGAUUAUGUCAAAUGUGUUACAACCCCGCCCCCAGAUAUGGGCGCAAACUGGGUCGCAUCCGGUGGUCUGGACCGCAAAAUUUGCUUAUGGGAUCUCAAUGGCGCUGGAAAGACACUCGAGAUUGACGUGCAGGGUGAAGAAAUUGCCGAGAAAGGUUCUGUCUAUGCCCUUCGUGUGGGGAGAAAUAUCAUGGCGAGUGGUGGUCCCGAGAAGACGGUGCGCUUGUACGAUCCCCGAACUGGUGAUAAGGUUUCAAAACUUGUUGGUCAUGUCGACAAUAUCCGUGCUAUUCUUAUAGACGAUGCUGGCGACACAAUUUUGAGUGCCAGUGCCGAUAAAACGGUCAAAAUGUGGAGCAUCAAGAACGGUCGAUGCAUGUACACUUUCUCCAUGCACGAUGAGAGUGUUUGGUCACUCUUCUCGGAUGACCCGAGCCUGGGUGUCUUCUACAGUUCUGAUCGCUCGGGGUUGGUCGCCAAAACAGAUGUGCGCGGUAGCCUUGAGGAUAUGGAUGAUGGCCUGAGUCUAGCUGUGGCGCAUGAGCAUAUAGGAGUGGGCAAGGUUGUCGCAGCUGGAGGUCACAUUUGGACAGCAACGAAUAGGUCAUCAAUUAACCGAUGGGAAGACGUUGACACGGGCACCAACAUCCAGCUUCCGGAGUCUGUUCGACACCACAGAGCUACAUCGAAUGCUUCUAGCAGACCCCGCGAGACUUCUCCUCCGGCUACUACUAACGGAACUGCAAAGAAGGAGAUCCCAGCUGAGUCCAUCUUACGUAUUUCUGCAGCUGCUUCUUUCCCUGCGCGAUCUGGUCCAGAUCCCGAUUCUGCCACUAUCACGGAUGCUACUGCACGGAAGGGGUCCGAAGCCAUUAUAGAUUCUUCAGAGCCCGAAAUCAAACCCAUCCAUGCAGUGGCUGAGGAAACGAUUGAGGGACAAUUCGGAUUGCUCAAGCAUAGGCUACUCAACGAUAGGAGGCGUGUGUUGACGUCAGACACAGCUGGCGACGUAUUACUAUGGGAUUUAAUCCAGUGUAAACCCAUUAAAAGUUUUGGCAAACAGCAUUUGGAGGAUGUGGAGCAUCUCGUCAACACCGUUGAGGCCGUGGCUCCUUGGUGCUCUAUCGAUCUCAGCUCGGGAAAUCUUACUGUGGUUCUAGAGCCCUUUAAUUGUUUCGAUGCUGAAGUAUACGCAGACGAGCUAGAUUUGCCAGAUAAAAUAGAAUUUCGAGAGGACCAGAGAAUCAGCCUUGGAAAAUGGAUCCUUAGGUAUCUCUUUGCCGAUCUCAUUGAUGAAGAGGUCAGAAGAGAUGAGGCACACCGUCAGAAACUCAAUGAGGGUCUUGAGGCGAGGCAAAUUGCCAGUGGAGGAACUACUGAAGUUGCUCCAUUAUCGAUAUCAUUGCCAAAGUCAGCCAUCCCGGACUGGGAUAACGCAGACCAGGUUACUCCAAAGCCCAAUCUCUAUCCUAAUACUCCAGGUCUAGGCAUUGGUUUGGCAACGCCUGGUCCAAGCAUUAUGUCAGGCCCAAACAGCUUGCCCGAUGUUCCUGAAAACGCGGCCACAAGUCCAAUGACUCCUAUAGAAAAGAGAACCUCGCAUGUCAGCCGCCCUUCGACAGAGAAGGAAGACUACUUCACAAGUCCCCUACAGCUGCUCGAAUCGGCAGUCAAGGCAGCAAGCAUGGUGUCAACCCCCACGCAGAACGAGGCGGACUCCAAGAAGUCUAUAGAUGGUGAUAAAGAUAAGGAUAAAGAUAAGGACAAGGACAAGGCGGACAGUGCAAAGUCCCCAAGCACACCAUUUGGCAAGAAGAAGUUUAGGAUGACUUUUGGCACCAAGAAGCUUUCAAGGUCGGCGUCCCAGGCCACCACAGAGAAGCCUGCGAUUGUGGAGGAGAAGACAGAAGAGUCCGAGUCUUCGUCUGUCCAUGAAAAAGAGAAGGAGGUUGAUGACAGUUUCUUUGGCACGAUUCAGAAGAUCCACCAGGAAUACGAGCGGCAACUAGCCGACAACCCUGACAAGCCGGUCGAGUCACGAGUGGUACCCAGUUUGCCUAGUGAUACACCCGUUCUGAAGCUCCCGCCAGGAACUAAGGUGGUUAUUCAAGAGGAGACCACAGGAGGCAGCGCCAACUUGUAUCAGGGCACUGUCCAGGACGUUGGCAAGGACGCAGAUAUUAUCGAACAGAAGGCUCCCAUGUGGCUGGGUGAUGUUCUCCUUCAAAACACACUCCCCUUCAAAGAGCCCGUAAAGGUUUCGUUCGUCUUGUAUCCGAUGGACGACACUCUCCCAGCUAUUGCUUCAACCGAUGGAAACAACAGGCUCAAUGCUAACCGCAUGCUUCGAGUCAAGAAGAUUCUCUCAUAUGUUGCAGAAAGGAUUGAGCCUCCACUUGAGGAGCCCGAAGAGAGCCCUAUGAAGCCAGAGGAGUAUUUAGAACUGUACUGCAACGAACAGGUAAUCAUCAUCUCUUGUUUACUCAUUUACUUUCCCCUGUUACGACACUGGCCACUCUCCGAACUCAUCUGUGGAAGGGGGGCAACGAUAUUGUCCUUCAUUACAAGGCCAAUGGCAAAAAGGAGAUUCGACCAUUCCCACCGCCUCCAGAGCCUAAGCCUGCUGAGCCCGAAGAAGCUCAAGACGGCGCUGCAGCUGAAGAGGCAAAUACUAAUGGUCAAGUUCCUCCCCAGCCUCAAGCCCAAGCCCAAGCCAGCUGAGCCCAGACAACCCGCACCUUACACGCUGAAUGAGAAGAUGAGAUCCCGAGACUCUUCAACCCGUUGUGUGGUGUCGUGUGCCAGAAGGGUUGGCUUUUGUCACCAGCUAUUUCAUUUAUCGUAUAUAAAUUUGUACAUAGGUCAGAUGCCGUCAAGGCGUAUAUACCAUUUGGGAGAAGUUAAGCCUCUCUCUAUUUCUUUCGAAACGCCCGUCUCUUGACUCCAUGCUCCUUGCUCCGUGUUUUACAUUGUACAAUUCCGCCCGAUUUGUUGAUUUCUUGUAUCACUUCCCAUUAUCAUACAACGCCGUUCAUGGUGUUAAUAGCCCACUGAUAGCUUCCCAGGAAAAUCGCGCCUCCAAUAGAAAUCCAUGUAACUCGUGGUGCUACACCAGAAAAGAAAGCUCUGCUGCCCUCCUCGCGCAAUAUCCGGCCAAAUAUUUCCGAUACUGAAACACUCUCCUUCGAUAACAUGACUCUCGUCUUGAGUACAUCGAGCGGCGUCGUCAGUGCCGCAGAUAAUCCACCAGCCAUGCUUCCAUAGAGAGCACUCUCGGCACCAGUGACCUCACGACCACCGCGGCGACGUCGUCCCCAGGACUUCAUGGCCUCCCAUAGCGGGAAUUGAAUCACAGUAAAUGGCACCUCGCGGAAAACGGUGAUUCCCCAACCGCGAUAGAGCUCUCUCCACAUUGGAACAAACCCAUGGCUCGAAUACCGUGACAGAAUGGCCCGCAGAGCAGCAGCCGAAGAACCACCAUGAUGACCCGCCUGCGCACGCUGCUUAACAACCUCGGUUGGCACACGAACAGCGCAAGCUGCCACCUCUCCGGCGCUAGCAGCUGCCAUAUGUGUAAGGGGAGCCUUCCAUCCUGGCGCAGAAGUAUUAUCCUUAUCAGCCAGGAAGCCCUUUACGCCCUCGUAUGUGCAGAAGAAGAACGCAGCCCCCGGAGCAGAUCCGACAAGGGCAGAACCGAUACCGCGAUAAAUACCGCUGAAACCGCCGGAGGGGAAGAAACCGGCCGAGGACUGAAGACGGGUCUUGAGAGUGUCGAGAGGGAAGAGAGAGAGAUCGACGGUUGUACCAGCAAGGGCACCAGCGAGGAGGGCAGAUUGGAAGGUCGGAGGAUUUGUGGACAUGAUUUUGAAGGUGGGUGGGAGUCCUUUGUGUAUAGCUUGGUAGAGGAAGCGUCCUAGGGAGAAUCAAUGGGCUGGACGAGGCCCGAGGAGGAAAAGAGAGAUAUUAGAAGCUUCGGAGGUUUGGACCGACCGAGACCGGCGAAAUAAUAAAACGGAGGAGCUUGAACUUUGGGGCUUAUCGAUAAGAGGACCUUUAGAGGAGCAUGGAGCUUACCCUGUAACGUAGCACUUGAUAAUUUAUAAACACUUCGAAGGAGAUGUCCGCCUUUCAAAAGGAAGCAAAUACACAAGAAUUAGUCAAUUGGGA